UUCAUUGAGGCUGACAUCUUCUGGAAAAGAAGGAAUUAUUUUUAAUGGGAUUGCUGACUGGUUAUAUGAAGAGGAACUCCUGCAUUCUCACAUUGCCCACUGGUGGUCACCAGAUGGAGAAAGGCUUGCCUUCCUGAUGAUAAAUGACUCGUUGGUGCCUAACAUGGUUAUUCCUCGAUUUACCGGAGCAUUGUAUCCCAAAGGAAAGCUGUAUCCAUAUCCUAAGGCAGGUCAAAUGAACCCAACCAUCAAAUUAUAUGUUGUAAACCUAUAUGGACCAACUCAUACUUUGGAACUCAUGCCACCUGACAGCUUUAAAUCAAGAGAAUAUUAUAUCACCAUGGUUAAAUGGGUAAGCAAUACGAAGACGGUGGUGAGGUGGUUAAACCGGCCUCAGAACAUUUCCAUCCUCACGGUCUGUGAGACCACCACUGGUGCCUGUAGUCGGAAAUACGAGAUGACAGCAGAUACAUGGCUCUCCAAACAGAAUGAGGAGCCAGUGUUUUCUAGAGAUGGAAGCACAUUCUUUAUGACAGUUCCUGUUAAGCAAGGGGGCCGUGGAGAAUUUCACCACCUAGCGAUGUUUCUUGUCCAG